AUGGAACAAAGGAAAAAUAACAACAUGCCUAUAUUACAGAAUACACAGCUAGGAUGGGUUUUUGGAGGUAAUAUUCCGUAUGUAGAAUCAAAGACGAGCAAAACUAUUUCUUGCAUAACAAUUAACGAGUCUUUGGAAAAUGCUUUAACUAAAUUUUGGACAGUCGAAGAAUGCGACAACGAGAGAAUUCUUACUAAAAAUGAAAUUUUUUGUGAAGAACAUUUUUUGGAUAAUGUCAAGCGGACUCCAGAGGGUAGAUUCAUUGUGGAAUUUCCAUUUAAGGAAAAUGUAAUCAAUUUAGGACAUUCUGACGAGAUGGCAUUGAAUCGGUUUCAUGCAUUGGAGAGACGUCUAAACAGAGAUAAAGUUUUGAAAAAUGAUUACUGCGACUUUAUGAAAGAAUACAUCGAACUAAGUCAUAUGCGCAAAUUGGAAGUUUUCGAUAUAAACAAGAAAUGUCUAGACGGCUACUUUCUUCCUCAUCACGCAGUAAUAAAAAACACAAGUAUAACCACAAGAACUCGAAAUGUCUUCGACGCGUCAGCUAAAUCUGACAACGGGAUUUCGCUGAAUGAUGUUCAGUACGUCGGACCUACACUACAAGAUGAUCUUUUCUCCAUAUUAUUGGGAUUCAGACAACAUAAAUUUGUCUUAAAUGCUGAUAUUUCAAAAAUGUAUCGCCAAAUUCGUAUAGACCCUAGCGAGAGAAAAUAUUUAAGAAUUUUUUGGAGAGAUAAUGAUGGAGAACAGAUACAAUGCUACGAACUGAACACCGUAACGUAUGGAACUUCAUCUGCACCAUACUUAGCUGUGCGUUGUCUUCGGCAAAUGGGUAUAGAGAAUAAUGAUGAAUACCCAAUCGCGAGCAAAGUAAUUUUAAAAGAUUUUUAUAUUGACGAUCUAUUAACAGGGUCAGACAGCCUUUCUGAAUUACGCGAAAUCCAAAGAGACGUCACGAAUAUAUUAAGGUCUGGAGGUUUUCAAUUGCGUAAAUGGUUAUGUAACAACAAGGAAUUAUUAAAAGAAAUUAAUGUUGAUGAAAAUUUAUCUUCAGGAAUUUUACAUUUAGGAAAAGAGGAAAACAAUAAAACUUUCGGUAUUUAUUGGAACGCAUUUAAUGAUAAUAUACAAUAUUCAAUUAAAGAUUUCGAAGUUGUAGAAAGGUUAUCGAAACGAAUCAUUUUGUCUAUGACAAGUCAAAUCUUCGAUCCUUUGGGAUUAGUUGGCCCUAUCGUAGUUAUAGCGAAAAUGUUUCUGCAACGUUUAUGGCAAGAAAAACUAGAUUGGGAUCAGCAAGUGUCCAAUCAUCUUAGUGUCACUUGGAACAAUUUCUGUAAAGAAUUAUUACUAUCAAAUAAUCUUAAAAUUCCAAGAUAUGUUUGUUGCGAAAAUUAUACAAUUAUCGAAAUACACGCGUUUUCAGAUGCAUCCGAAAAGGCAUACGGUGCAUGUAUUUACAUUUCUUGUAGAGUACAAGAUAAGCCUUACAGGACUCAAUUACUAUGUUCCAAAUCCAGAGUUUGUCCGUUGAAACAAAUUUCACUGCCUCGCCUAGAAUUAUGCGCAGCCGAACUUUUAGCUAAAUUAAUGCGAAAGGUAAUUAGGGCUAGUGAAAUUACAUUUGAUCAAUGUUUUUAUUGGACGGAUUCCACUGUGGUACUAGGUUGGAUAAACGGAUGCCCCAGUCAGUGGAAAACAUUUGUCGCGAACCGAGUCUCUAGUAUACAAAAUUUAUCAAAGCCAAGUCAAUGGUACCACAUUGCUGGCAAACUCAAUCCAGCUGAUUUAUUGUCACGAGGUACAACGGUGACUAAUCUUUUAGAAUGCGAUAUUUGGUGGAAAGGUCCACAUUUCUUGGCGAACAGAGACAGAUCUGAAUUUGUACUAGAUUUACCAUACCGAGAAUUGCCUGAAAAAAGAAUAUUAGUUAAUUUUUGUCAAAAAACGAAUCAAUUGGAACUUCCGUUUACUAAAUUCUCAAGAUUUAAAAAAUUACAGAGAACAAUAGCCUACUGUAAAAACGGACUCUUGAAUAUUAAAAGCUAUUCGUGUACCAAAUUGAAAAUCUCUUAA